GCAUGCGCAUGUGGACCAGUGCAGAGAAUACGUUAAUCAAAUCACUGAAUAUUUUUAUUAAUUAUUGUUGCUAUAAAAAUUUAUUAACAGAAUGGCUUGUUCUGGAAUUUUGAAGCAUGUUAAAACAGGAGGUCCUACUUUGAAGCUGAUUAUUGCACUAUCAUAUACAGGUGAAUGUAAAGGAGAAACAUCUAGGGAAUUAUUGAUUGAUGGUUUGGUCAAGGUUCGUUUUAUGUUCAGUUCAAAUAUUAGUAAGGAUAAUGAUACUCCAGAAUUGAUAAUAUCUACCAAAUAUUCAUUUUCUAAAUGUGAUGCUGACAAUAAAAGUUGCAUAAAAAUAAGUCUGAUCAGUGAAAAAUUGAAGUAUUCUCAAAUCGUUAUACACACUCCCAAAAAAUGGUCAGAAUGGGAACUCAUAGGAACUACAAAAUCUGCAAAAGAAUCAGAAUCACAAUUGUAUCAAACUUGUAUUAUAGAUAUCUUGAUAACUGUUUACCAGUUUAAUAUGGAAUUGACAUUUCCUAAGUUAUAUUUAGACACAGACUUCACUGAUUUUGCCCUUUCAACUACCGACGGGUCUCUGCCUGUACACAAGGUAUGCCUGGCUGCUCAUAGUGAUGUAUUCAAUAGAAUGCUGAAAGGGGAGUGGAAAGAGACAGUUGAAGGACAAGUAAAUAUGAAGGGAGUAACUCUGGACACACUUAAACAGUUAAAGGAAUACAUAUACUUGAGUACUGUGCCUGAUGUUGUGGAUGAGCUAUGUUCGCUGCUGCUGAUCGCCCGACGCUACCUUAUAGAAGACCUGGAAAAACACUGCAUUAAGAAGAUUGCGGAGACCGUUUCCCCGGAAGGAUUAUUCUCAAUUAUUGAAUUUGCCUGUGAGCAUCAUAUUCCUGAGUUACCCUUUGCACUUUUACAGGUGACUACAGAUUCUGUUGUCAACAAAGCUUAUGUGCUACAAAAGCGGACGGAGGAGGAGGAUGGUGAUGACGAUGAUGAGGAGGAAGAGGAAAGAGAAUGAUCUCCCUGUUAUAUAUGUUACAUAUCUGAUUGACAUUCUAUCUUGACUUUAGAUUAAUUAUAGUGCAUCAUAAUGCAGAGUUUGGAAAAUCUCCAAUGGCUAAGGCAAGUUUAGGUCUAAGUAAGCCUCACAAAAAAAAAUGUUAUACAUGUAUACGCUGGGGAAAUUGUACAGUUAGCCUUACCUCGAUAAGUUCGCUGUAACUGGACACCUUUACUUGUACCUUAACUGGUUUUACCCAAACUGACUUGUAAUACUGACUGUGUCUGUGCUUCAAUAUUAAGCCAUAACAUAACUCAGUGUUAAUGUAAAUCUUUAUUAUAAGUAUACAUGGACAAGUGGUUUUUGGUCAGAUCUUAAAACAGAAAAGUAAAUUUAGAGACUUAUUUCAUGGAAGGAUGUGACAGCUUAUUGUUAAUUAAAACCUACCUCUUCUCAUUGUAAAUUUCAAUGCUGAUAAUGGUACCAAACUUAAGCUAAGAACAGAAAGCAUGGGGCUAGAAUCCAUGCUGAGCAAUUUAAAUGUUAAUUAAAACCUACCUCUUCUCAUUGUAAAUUUCAAUGCUGAUAAUGGUACCAAACUUAAGCUAAGAACAGAAAGCAUGGGGCUAGACUCCAUGCUGAGCAAUUUAAAUAAUUUAGGAAAUGAUGUGUAUGUUGUAAUUUUGUUAGUUAAUGGGUAGGUUUUCGAUGUGAUUUGUCUCUCAAAUUUUACAUUUGUGUUAUUUUGUAAAUGAGAAUUAGCAUUCCUCAUGUCAAUACGGAUUUUACAUGUUCAAUAAAGUAAUUUCAAUUAUGUUAUAAAACUCA